AGUCAAAUAUUAAGGCAGAUUUGACCAUGUGGAUUUUGUUACCACUGGCUCUGGUGGGAAGUGCCCUGGGAGCAACCCCAUUGACAAUAACAAAUCAUUGGUAUGGUGGCUUUGAGGGAGACUUCACAGUACAGGGUGAGGCCCAUAACUGGAAAGUGCACCUAGUCUUCGACCAUCCCAUCAAUAAACUCGAGGUGUGGAAAGUUACCGUUGAAAGUCAUACCAAUGGCGGCAAAGAGUUCGUUCUGCGUGCUAUUCCAGCAUAUGCCAAUAUAGCUGCCGGUGCUUCAUUGAAAUGCCAUUUUGUUGCACGACAAAAUGGGGAUCAAGUUCCAAGUGGAACAUUUAACAUGGAAGGAGCCAACGGCGGUGGUGGUUCGAGCACUGGCGGCGGAACAAGUUCUGGCAGUGGCACAAGCUCCGGUGGUGGAGGUACUAGCUCAGGAAGUGGCACUCAGUUGUCCGGUGGUUCCGGGACAAAAUACAACUAUCAAGAAGCCCUAAAAUUGUCUAUCCUGUUCUAUGAUGCACAAAGAUCUGGUAGGUUACCUGCCAACAACCCCAUCUCAUGGCGCCAAGACUCCGCCGUCAAUGACGGUGCCGACGGCCAUGACCUUAGCGGGGGAUGGUAUGAUGCCGGAGACCAUGUAAAAUUCGGUUUGCCUAUGGCCUGGUCUGCCUGGGUGUUGUUGUACGGUAUGCUAGAGUUCCGGGAUGGGUAUGAGGCUGCCGGACAGAAAGACAUGGCGUGUGAUAUGAUCAGAACACCUCUGGAAUAUUUCCUCAAAUGUUGGAUUCCGGAUCAACAAACGCUUUAUGUACAAGUUGGAGAUGGUUAUGCUGAUCACGGGUUCUGGGGCCGACCAGAAGAUAUGCACAUGGGACGCCCAGCGUACAAGGUAACGACCUCGUGCCACGGAAGUGACGUAGCUGGAGAUACCGCCGCUGCAAUGGCGGCCGGAUAUCUCGUGUUCAAGGACAUGUGCGGAGACACUGGAUUUGCUGAUAGGCUUCUCGGAGCAUCAAAGAGUUUGUACACCUUUGCCAAAAACAACAGGGGGAAAUAUACGGACUGUGUUACACAGGCAAAGGACUUCUACGGAUCAACAGGCGAGGCUGAUGAACUUUCUGUAGCCGGAGCAUGGUUGUAUAAAGCCACUAAUGACCAGUCCUACUUAAAUGACGCAAAGGGAUUUUAUCCCGCCGGUACAGCUUGGAGUUUCAAUUGGAAUGACGCCAAUGUCGGUGCUGCUUUACUACUUUAUGGCAUUACAAAAGACGGAAAAUAUAAAACUGACAUCGAGGGGUUGGUAAAUUCGUUCAGACCAGGUGGUAAUGUUCAAAAGACACCUUGUGGACUGGCCUGGCGUGAUCAAUGGGGACCAAAUAGACAUGCUGGAAACGUUGCUUUCGUUGCUACCAUGGCAGCCAAGUAUGGCAUCCAGCCCGAUGCCUACAAUAAGUGGGCCAUGUCCCAAAUUAACUACCUCCUCGGAGACAAUAAGCUACACAUCAGCUAUGAGAUAGGUUAUGGCAGUAAUUAUCCUAAACGCCCUCAUCAUAGAGGAAGUUCGUGUGCCCCUGGGUGGUGCGCACAAGGUGACCAAGCCAACCCAAACAUUCUGAAAGGUGGUUUGGUAGGAGGCCCGGAUCAGUGGGAUAAUUAUGACGAUAGAAGAGAUGAUUAUGUGAAAAACGAGGUGGCAUGUGACUACAACGCUGGUUUCCAGUCUGCUCUAGCUGGGUUAGUCCAUUUUGCACACAAUGGUAACCUACCAGCCGCACCAGCUGCCAAAUGUUAGCACAGAUCUGUGUAUUUAUAAUCAAGGUUGUCAUACUACAGAAUAAAACAGAAACUGAAAAAUAAAACUAAAUCUGAAAAAAAAGAAGUUUUGUCA